CACCGUUUCGUUCGGUGGUGUCUUGCCUACUUUACCUCAAGAUUGUGGCAUUUUGGGCGGAUUUAAGCAGUCUUUCAAGUCAUAUCGGACAUAAAUACCACAUUUACUGUCUUCAGUUGGUGAGGCAGUCAAAUUGUUGGGGGCAGUAGGAAACGUUGGAUGGGAUUAUCUUGGUGUGAUCUAUUGGGAACAUGGAUCUACCGUUGCCCUCCAGUUGUGCUGACACCCCCCCAGUUGUUCCGAGAGUGAUGAAGGAAGAAGACCUCAGUGAUGAGGAACAUGGUUACAUGAUCCCAUUUCAAGAUGAUUACUGUACAGAGUCCAACAUUGCUUACAGUGAAACUCAACAGACAACAGCAGAGAAACAGGGUUACAUGAUUUCAUUUCAAGAUGAAGAAAAUGCAGAGCUUCCCUGUAAAACUGAAACAGAUUAUCUAGGAAGUGUAUCUGGACACCCAGACAUCACACAGCAGAAUGGACAGAAUGGACAGAAUGAUGAACUCAACCUGCGACGCAAACGAAGGCUGCACCACCAGUGUGCCCCGUGUGGAAAAGCUUCGUCACGAUUUUCAAACCUUAAAAAAAGAAGGAGAUACACUCCCCGGCAAGCGCUGGACCUGCUGUGGAACAUUGAUGAGAUGGAAUCGGAGGGCGAACCAUGUGAGGUGUCGGAUGGCGAUGAUGAGAGAGAGGACGAAGGUGAAUUCAAUCUGAAUCUUGAAUCUGAUUCAGAUUCAGAGUCAGACUCUGAAAUUGAUUAUGGGGGCUCAUUUCAAGAGACAGCCAGAGACGGUACGGUGUGGGCUGAACAAACUGCAGGCAGCAUUCGGGGCAGAGCGCGAGAAUGCAAUAUAAUGACAGAAACCCCAGGGCCCACAGAUUAUGCCAAGGACAAUGUCAGAAGUCCACUGAGCAGUUUGCUGUGUUUGAUUGACACAGAAAUGUGGGAAACGAUUCGAAAAUACACUCAGGCUGAGGCUGAUCGAAAUAAUGCUGAUCAAUUCACACUAACAGCUGAUGAACUGAAAGCAUUCGUGGGUCUCAUUUAUCUGAGAGGCAUUACGGGCGGUAAACGCAUGAAUUUGGAUGACUAUUGGUCGGCUGACUUGGGAAAUGCUAUUUUCAAAGAGACGAUGUCUCGACAGAAAUUUAGAGACAUCAUGCGUUAUCUGCGUUUUGACGACAAGAACACAAGGUCUGCCCGCCUCGUAGCAGAUAAAUUUGCCAUGAUAUCAGAGAUAUUCGAUAAAUUUGUAAGAAACAGCAUCGCUUCUUACACUCCCGGUGAAAAUAUAACGGUUGAUGAGCAGCUAUUCCCGACCAAGGCGCGUUGUCGUUUCACGCAAUACAUGGCCAAUAAACCAGACAAAUUUGGCAUCAAAUUCUGGGUGGCUGCUGAUUCUCAAACAAAAUAUAUGUUGAACGCAUUUCCCUAUCUAGGGAAAGACGAAAGUAGGCCGGCUGGUGAAGGGUUAUCCGAAAAUGUCGUGAUGCGCCUGAUGGAGCCUUUCCUAGGGAAAGGAAGAAAUGUCACAACAGACCAUUUCUUCACCUCGCUUGCACUGGCUAAAAAUCUCCUUGUGCACGAAACAACUAUCCUCGGCACAAUGAAGAAAAUCAGACGAGAGAUGCCCCCAUGCACACAGGCACAGUCUGAAAGAUAUUCCACCAAGGUGCUGAAGGCUGGAAACGCGACACUCACAAUAUACCAGGCAAAGCCAAAGAAAAAUGUAUGCAUCCUCAGCACAAUGCAUCCGACAGUUUCGAUUGAUAAUGGCGCAAAGAAACGGCCAAAUACUAUUUCCCAUUACAACAGCACAAAAGUUGGUGUUGAUGUUAUGGAUCAGAUGGCACGAUUGUACUCGGUAAAAGGAGGGACCCGUCGUUGGCCUGUCGCCGUUUUUUACAACCUUCUAGACCUGGCUGCAAUUAAUGCACACAUUCUAUAUAAGCAGUGCAUGAACGUUUCCAUAAUCAGAAGGAAAUUUAUUCUUGAGUUGGUGAAGGAGCUGUGUGCUAAUCAGAAAAUGGCGAAGGCAGCGGGGGCUGCAUCGCGUAAGCGACUUUUGCCUGAAACUCCUUCCCCGCCUGCGAAAAGGAGACAGUGUCAGGUUGGCAGAUGCUGGAACAAAACUUUUGAGAUCUGCCAGACAUGCAAGCGACAUGUCUGUGGCAAAUGCACAAAGACUGCACCAAGGCUGUGUUUUGAAUGUUGUUGAAUGCGGUCGCAGUGGGGGG